AUGGUUUUCACCAAAACUGUUGCCGCCAUUGCGGCUCUGUCUUCCUUGGUCCUUCCCAGUCUUGCGUUGAAUGUGGACGCCAAGACGAACGUCGCCGUUUACUGGGGCCAAGGACCUAAUCAGCAUCGUCUUCGAGACUUUUGUGCUCAGACUGACAUCGACAUCAUCAAUCUUGGCUUCAUCAAUGGUUUCCCUACCCAAGGCGCCUACCCUGGCUCCAACUUUGGCAACCAGUGCGAUGGCAACGUCUAUCCCGGCUCUGACUUGCUCUCGGGCUGUCACCAGAUCGUCGACGACAUUCCCAUCUGUAAGCAGAUGGGAAAGACGAUAAUGCUCUCCAUCGGCGGUGCCUACACCACCGGUCAGAUCACCAAUGACGCUCAGGCAAAAUGGUUCGCCGAUUUCUUGUGGUACUCGUUCGGUCCUGUCAAUCCCGCCGUGGCGGACCAGUACCCUCGUCCGUUCGGUGACAAUGUGGUGGAUGGAUUCGACUUUGAUAUCGAGCACGGUGGCCACACUGGCUGGAAAACUAUGAUCAAGCGUCUGCACAUGCGCUUCCAAGAGCAACCCGACAAGAAGUUCUACAUCUCUGCUGCCCCUCAGUGCCCGACUCCGGACGCUCAGCUCGGCGACGCGAUUGCCAGCACCGCUCUUGACUUUGUCUGGGUGCAAUUCUACAACAACGAGGGCUGCUCCGCUAAGAACUUCGUCGACGGUACCUUCAACUUUGAUACCUGGGCCGGCAUCGUCGCCAGCAACCCCAACCCAGAUGCGAAGCUCUUCAUCGGUCUGCCUGCCGCCCCCCAGGCCGCCAAUGACGGUUACUACAUCGACGCUACUCAGGUGUCGACCAUUGUCCGCUGGUACAUGGCAUUCUACCCCAAGGUCUUUGGUGGUAUCAUGUUGUGGGAGGCGACCUAUGCACAGAAAAACAAGGAUGCCUCGGGCCGUACAUACUAUCAGCAGAUGAAGGACAUUCUCGAUAGCUGUGCUCCUCCUCAGACCACCACCAUUGUGGUGACUCCUACUCCUGUUCACACUUCAGUUACCUCGACCUCUGUCCCUGUCGUGAUCACAACGACUGCCGUGGACUCCUCCUCGACUACCGUCGUUUCCAGCACCUCUACCCCCGUCGUCGCCACUUCUUCCUCUGCUGUGGUGUCCAGCUCCACUGCCGUAUCUGCUUCAACUUCCGUCGGCUCCAGCUCUUCGGUCCCCGUGGUCUCCCACACUUCGGCUUCUGUCUCAACUUCUGUCGGCUCGAGCACCUCGACCCAUGUUGUUGGCUCCAGCUCUUCAGUCCCUGUUGUCUCCCACACUUCGGCUUCUGUCUCAACUCCUGUCGGCUCGAGCACCUCGACCCAUGUUGUUGGCUCCAGCUCUUCAGUCCCCGUGGCCUCCCACACUUCGGCUUCUGUCUCAACUUCUGUCGGCUCGAGCACCUCGACCCAUGUUGUUGGCUCCAGCUCUUCAGUCCCUGUUGUCUCCCACACUUCGGCUUCUGUCUCAACUCUUGUCGGCUCGAGCACCUCGACCCAUGUUGUUGGCUCCAGCUCUUCAGUCCCCGUGGUCUCCCACACUUCGGCUUCUGUCUCAACUCCUGUCGGCUCGAGCACCUCGACCCAUGUUGUUGGCUCCAGCUCUUCAGUCCCCGUCGUGUCCCAUACCUCGACCUCUGUUGGUUCUAGCACUACUACCCACAUGACUUCAGGAUCCUCGACUCCUCUUAUCCCGCACACUUACACCCCUACUGUGUCCAACCCUGCCGGCUCAAGCACCUCAACUCCCGUCGUUCACACUUCGACUCCUGCCGGAUCGAGCCCUGUUGGCUCCAGCACUUCAAUUCCCGCUGGUUCCACUUCGAUUCCCGUGGUUUCGGGAUCUUCUACGCCCUUGAUUCCUUCUCAGUCAACCACUGUCUCCAGUGCUUCUGCUGGUCCUUCCAGCUCUGACUGUGACGAGACCAGCUCGGUGCCGGUCACCGGUACUAACACUGCCACCUCGGUUGGUGUGUCGGCUACUUCGACAGCAUUGUCUACUUCGGCCUCCUCCGGUGCUUCGGGUGCAGGAUCUUCCACUUCGUCCGGUGUUGGUGCGAUUGGCACUUCAUCCGCUACUACCGUCCCUGGAGGCAAUGGAAGUGGACCCUCCACCAUCACUUCCACCAUCAAUGCUUCGCCUUCUGUGACCACCGCGCCCACGUCCACCACCCCUGAGGUUGUCACCACUGUGAUUGUGACUUCGUACACUGACAUUUGCCCCACUGGUUUCACCACCAUCACAACGACCAUCACCACUACUGUGUGCCCCGAGGCCACUGCUAGCGUGACUGGACCUGCUUCCGGAGUUGCGACCACUACGCCUUCAAUUCCUGAGGGAUGGACCACCACCGUCACGGUUUGCACUCACUGUGCGGCUACCCCUACAACCGUGACUCUGACCAAGCCCGUUUCCACUCCCGCUGCGCAGACCACCUCCGUACCCUCUUCUCCCUCGGGUCCUAACGCCGUUACCGAGAUCUGGACCACCACCGUGUCUUUCUGCAAGGAGUGUGGCCCUACCGGCUCUACCGUCACUGUCACCGUUCCUCACACCGUGGUGGUCACUCCUACCGGUGCCUCUGCCGCUACCGGAGCUCCUGGUGUUCCCAGUGCCAAUGGUCCCAGUACCACCGUGACUGGCACCAUCAUCCUUGUUCCUACCCAGCCUGCUGUCAACAAGCACAUCAGCUCGGCGUCUUCCCGCCCUAUCGGCUCGGGAUCAAUCUCAAGCAUUGCUCACAAGCCUACCCAGACCCCGACGUUCACCGUGCGACCCACUAGCAGCUCUUCUCAGAGCCAGUCCACGGCCAGUGCCACCCCCGAGGGUGUUUCACCCGUCUGGAAUGGUGCUGCAUCUCGGUCCGGAGUCACCAACUUCGCGGCCAUUUUCAUGACCGUUCUUGCAGCUUUUGCCAUGUUCCUUUGA